CAGGAAAGCCCAGGCCCGGCUGCGCGGCCGGGAAGGUCCGGGCGGCCAGUGCACGGAGCAACGCAACGCAGCAACACAACGCAAACGCAGUCAGAAUGGUGAGGGUCAGCGCAGUCGCGCCACAGUCUCCGUCCACGCGGCAACAGCCUCGCCGCCUACCCUGCUCCCCGCGGUCCUCGCCGCGCUCAAGACCCGCGCGUUCCUUGCGGAGGACUCUGCCCGUCGGCGUGCUGAGCGUCGUCAAGACGGUCUGCAGGAAGCUGAGCGUCGGCCCCGUGCGCCACCGAAGGCAGACGUCGUCCACCCGGCCGGACCACAACGAGGACCUCGCGCCGUUGCCGUCGACACUGGAGUCCAGCCUGAGUCAAAUGUCCCGGUCGUCCAGCAUGGAGGUGCUGCUGCAGUGCGCCAACUGCGCGGAGAGCUUCGACCUGGAGCGCCGCCGCCCCAAAGUGCUGCCGUGCGGACACACACACUGCCAGGCGUGCGUGCUCGCCAGCCUGCGGGACAACAGGGUCAUCUGCCCCACGGACCAACUGGUCGUUCACGUCGACGCUCUUCACCUCCAGGACGAUCUGCAACUCAUCUGCUGGCUAGAGGCGACGGCCCAGGGCCUGGUGGAGUGCGUGUGCUGCGCCGAGCCCUUCGACGGGCUGCUGCGCCGGCCGGCCGCGCUGGACUGCGGCCACUCCGUGUGCAGGGUGUGCUUGCAGGCGAGCGGCGUGCGCGGCCCGCGCCUCCUGGCCGCGCCCCUCGCCCGCGCCGACUCGAUUGACGAGACCUGGGAGUACUCCCAGGACGACGACGAGGCCGGCGACACGUGCUCGUCGGUGUGCUCCCUGUCGAGCGACGAGGGCGUGGCCGUCCGCCCCGUCCGCGCGCGGGAGCUCCUGGUGGACUGCCCCAUCGCCUGGUGCCUCAAGGGCGUCCGCGCCAGGGACAACCUCCACCUGCUCGGCUGCCUCGACGACUCGGCCGCGUCUCGGAGCCAGGCCAAGGUCAAGAGGGCCAUCCGCUGCGAAGACCAGCUCCUCGAGAAGCUGGCCGUGCUGGAGAAGCAGAUUGCCUCCGUGUACGGCGGCGACGCCUCGGCCAAGGCGCUGAAGGGCCUGGACACGGACUCGAGCGCUGCCGGCCACCAUUUUAACGACGCUGACAUGAGUGCUCUCCUGGCCUCCGUUCGUCAGCUGGUUGAACGCAAGGAUUCGCCUCGAAGCGAGCCUGCUGUAUUCAACCAGGUCGUAACUGGAAAUUGUGCUUUGCCUGAUUUAGUAAUGAAUAAGGCUGCAUUAUUGAGGAGGAAAGAAGAGUCCUGUGAUAUUUUUAGUCUCAAGGAUUGCAAGAUUGAACUGGAUGUGUACGACAUGUCACUCUGCUGUCCAGGUGAAAUGCGAGUCAAGAAGGAAGCAGCUUUACGGUCGGACAAAAAGGUGUGGAAGCUGACUGGCGUGGACUGCUGGUGCGACCCGGAGUGGACGCUGCGCCUUCUGAAGCGCUGCGCGCCGCACCUGGAGCAGCUGCAGCUGCAGUACCCCGGCCGCGAGCACCUGGAGGUGGUGCGGGACUGCAUGCCCCACUUGAGGCGGCUGGAGAUCCGCGGCUGGUGCGGCCUCGACCUCCAGCGGGAGCCCUUCCACUUCGACCAGGGCCCCGCCGACAAGCGGAACACCCUGGACUGGCUGGAGGUGUUCCUCCCCACGCAGACGGCGCUGUCGCUGCUCCGCGCGCACCGCGGCUCCCUGCGCAAGCUGCGCCUGGUGGUGGCGGAGGAGUGGGCCGCGCCGACGCCGUCCCCGAGCUGCGAGGACGUCGUCCCGGACGCCGUCGAGGAGGUGGCGGGCAGCGAGUGCGAGUGGCCCGAGGAGGACGGGUUCGCCGUGGUGCCGUGGGGCGAGGACUGCGUCAAGGACGUCCGGGGCGGCUGCUGGGACGAGCUGCUGCAGGAGUGCGUCGGCCACGCCGCCGACGACGUGGCCCUCAAGUCCGUCUCCCUGAUGUGGCUGUCGCCGCGCUCGCACGACUCGUGGCACUGCCGCCGCUUCGCGCGCACACUGCGCGACGCCCGCGCCGACAUCGCCGUCGAGUGCGAGGUGUGCCGUCGGUACGGCGCGGACCGCGUCGAGUAGCUCAGCUUGCCGUCACCAUUCUUUCUAUCCAGUGACUAAAAUUUUUAAUGUUUAUUUAGUAUUGGUGUCGAGUCGCUUGCCACCAUCGCGUUUACAAUUGAGUGACUUCAAUUUACAACACAGGUGUCGAGUAUCUUGCCACCACCAUCUUUUCAAUUGAGUGACUACAGGUUUUAGUAUUCGUGUAGUAGCAUGUAUUUAUUUAUAAACUAGUAUUUAUUCUGUGUUUGUGAAAUGAAAUUAUUUGUAAACAAUAAUCAAGUUGUCCUUAUGAAUUGACGCCUGUUGUAAAUAAAUGAUUUGUUUUAAAUGAA